CUUUAGCAGAGCUUAUUAAAGGCUCAAGACUCUGCCCUGUUUGGACCACCUGACUGUGGACAGGACAGGCUGCCAUGGCUCGGCUCUCCCUUGCAGAAGUGGGCCUGCUCCUUCUGUUAAUGCUGGCCUUGAUGCUCAGCUCUGACGCGAGAGAAAAGAGGUCAAAAACACUGAGGAGGACGAAAAGAGAGUGGAUCCUCCCUCCUGCCAAGCUGACAGAGAACACUGACUACACCCAAAGAGAAUUCAUUGCCAAGAUUCGCUCUGAUAAAGACAAAUAUGCAAAGGUGGACUAUUUCCUGAGUGGACCAGGAGCUGACAAGGAACCCUUCAACCUGUUUGUGGUAGACCCUGACACUGGGUUUGUUCGCAUCACAGCUCUUGUGGACCGAGAGAAAUAUCCAUUUUUCAAUCUAACAGGGGCGGCCAGAUACAAAAAUGGGACGGAAGCAGAGCAGAACAUCCCACUCGCUGUCACAAUCCUUGACGAGAAUGACAACGCUCCCUAUUUUGAGCUUCAUGCUGGCAACAUCACAGAGGCAAGCAAAGAAGGGACCUUUGUCAUGCAAAUCGAGGGGAAAGAUGAUGAUCAGGCUGGUACAGUUAAUUCAGAAAUCUCCUACAGCAUCGUCAGUCAGGAGCCAGAAGGCAAAGGUCACAUGUUCACUAUCGACCAAAGCACAGGCAAACUAUACGUCAAGGAGCCCACACUGGACAGAGAGACUGUUGAUUUCUACAAACUGGUUAUAAAGGGCACUGAUUUGGCAGGGGCAGCAGGGGGGCUAACAGGGACAGGAACCGUGGAGAUCAAGGUACUGGACAUCAAUGACAACGUUCCCACCCUGGAACAGUCUGAGUACACAGGCUCAGUGGAUGAAAAUACUCAUGAUGUUGUUGUGAUGAGAAUCAAAGCUCUGGACAAAGACCUUGUCCACACUGACAACUGGCUGGCUGUCUUUACCAUCGUCAAAGGAAAUGAGGACAAUCUCUUCUCUAUUGACACAGACAAAGAUACAAAUGAGGGCAUCCUGAAGCUGAUCAAGCCUGUGGAUUUUGAAGAAGUCCAGAAUCUUGAGCUUAGUCUGCUCAUUGAGAAUGUUGCUCCUUUUGUGACGGGUGAAUCUGUAUUGAUGGAUGUAGGCGUUCAGGUUGGAGAGGGUGAUCCUUUGGCUGCUGGAGCUGGAGCUGGUGCUGGUGCUGGUGCUGGUGCUGGUGCUGGUGCUGGAGCUGGAGCUGGAGCGGGUGCGGGUGCGGGUGCGGGUGCGGGUGCAGGUGCAGAUGCAGGGGUAGAAAUGGGGUUGAAUGCAGGAGCAAAUGUAGGUGCAGAUGUGGGUACAAGCCUUGGGCCUGGAGGUGGGGUUGGAGUGGAUGCUGGACUGAAACCUGGCAUCAAACCAGGGCCGGGGCCAAAGCCAGAUACUCCAGAGAAAAGCUACCCUAUCAAGAUUGCAGUGAAUAAUAUGCCAGAGGGCCCAGCAUUCAUACCUGACACCAAGAAUGUUCCUGUAUCAGAAGAUCCAAAUGAUCAACCAGAGGAUGGUGUGAUCACAGUGUUUACUGCUGUUGACCCAGACACAGGAAAACCAGCUGAAGAUGUAAGUUAUGCCAAAGCCUACGAUCCAGACAACUGGUUUACAAUAGAUGAAGAGACAGCCGAGAUUAAACUCAACAAGGAUCCAGAUAGAGAGUCACCAUUCUUGGUAAAUGGUACAUACAUUGCCAAGAUUCUGGCCAUAUCCAAAGACAUGCCAUCAAAGACAGCCACGGGAACAAUAGCCAUCCAAGUCACUGACGCCAAUGACCACUGUCCCACCCUGACCACCACUCACAGCAGUCUGUGUUCUGAUAAAAAAACUGUUUUUGUUACUGCCGUUGAUGAGGAUGUUAGCCCCAAUGCUGCUCCAUUCAAGUUCACAAUCAUUCCUGAUGGGACACGAGGCAGCUGGGACAUAGAAGUCAUCAAUGAGACAACUGCUGCUCUUCACUCCCGUGAGAACUUGUGGCCUGGCUUCUAUGAGCUCCAGGUGAAGGUGUCGGACGCUCAGGGUCUGUCUUGCCCAGCCGAUGAGGUUUUCACUGUGAAUGUUUGUACCUGCCAGGAAACAGAGGACUGCAGCUUAAUGGCUGCCAGACUAACGACUACUUCAUCUGAGCUCUCUGCCCCAGCCAUUGGCUUGCUGCUUAUGGGAAUAUGCUUACUGCUGUUCAUCCCUCUUCUUCUGCUGUUCUGUCAGUGUGGAGGAGCAGGCACUAUCUUUCCUGACCAAUUUAGUGAACUGCCAUUUGAUGCCAAAGAACACCUCAUAUCCUACCACACUGAGGGCAGAGGCGAGGAUAAGGAAGUGCCACUCCAAAGUAUCCCUCAGAUUCUGGGUACCCAAAAAAAAGUUGAGAUGGCACCAGCACCAAACUUCAACGCUGUUCCUUCAAGAAUCACAGAAACCCAUCACAUGACAGCAAGCUACAACAAAUCUGUGCAGAGGUUUGAAGAAACCACCCAAACUUUGAUGGAGGUUGACAAAGCCUAUGGGAUUUCAAGGGAAUCGUUCAACUAUGGCAAUAGCAGUGGAACAUUUAGCAGACAAACACUUGGCGUCCAACACAUGACAUCCCUGUAUGAGGAUAUAGCCCUGCCUGAUGCCUUCCUCAAUGAUUACUACUCACAGAAAUCCGGAUGUGCAGUGCCAGUGAAAGAUGGUCUGUUGCAGUAUGAUUAUGAGGGUGAGGGCUCCUUUGCUGGCUCACUGGGCUGCUGCAGCCUCCUGGAGUCUAACGACGACCUGCAGUUCCUCAGUGAUCUCGGGCCAAAGUUCAAGACUCUGGCUGAAAUCUGUUUCCCUACGGCAUCAACACCUAAACCUUCCUUGGAACACAAAGCAUCCAGCACUGUCAAAACCACAGUUAAUCUUGUUGAACCAGUUGUUAAGCCUAAAAUUGAGCAAAGUGUCAAGACAAAACAUACUGAUGUGAAGACAGAGACAGUUGUGUCAUCUACUAACAACUCCAAAUCAUCUGUCAGUACUGUAAGUACUGCCCUGCCAUCCACACUGCCUUGUUCCAAGGUUACUAACAUCAGUCAUUCCUCUAACAUCAGUCAGCCUGCUACUCUUCCCCAUCAGACAGUGGUACUACAACAGCAGCCAGUUUACUACACUGCUAGCACUGUACUACAGCCCAUGCACUAUGUAGUUCAACCACAGCUUCAGAAUACGGUUCUGCUGGCAGACGGGACCCAUCAAGCCAAUUUUUCUGGCCUGUAUGUAGUCAGAGGGCCCCAGAGUCCUUCUUCUGGACUCGUAAUCAGUGGACCCCAGAGUCCUUCUUCUGGACUCGUAGUCAGUGGGCCCCAGAGUCCUUCUUCUGGACUUGCAAUCAGUGGGCCCCAGAGUCCUUCUGGACUCUUAAUCAGUGGACCCCAAGUCUCUACUUCUAGUCUAGUUAUCCAGGGCAUUGAGAGUCCCCAAAGUCCUGCCAGCCCUACCAACCCAGUCAGACCCACCCUGUUGCUACCUGUGAGCUCAGGUGUGUCUCAUAGCUCAGUCCCCAUGGAUGGCUGGAAAAUGGUCGGGCCAAAUCCCGAUGAUAAUUACACAUUAGUCAAGGAUAAGAGUAGUCCAGGUGAGGCAGAUGGGGUAGACCCAGGCUCAUCUCAGGGUACUUUACCCAGAGGUGCUAUCCUGGUAAAAGAGGCUGCUCCCCCUCAGGGGGUGUUAGGCCCAGCAGCCCGUGGGAGUACGUAUGCUAUUCUGCAAGGGCAUACUGUUGCUAAAAGGGGGGUUGUUGUUGCAGUAAAUGGAAAUUUGGGGCAAACAUGGGCUGGGCAGCCUGGGCAGAUGGGAUUAGGGCUGGUCACUGUUGGGCAGCCACAAAUGGGAAUGAGACAUAGGGCAAUGAAUACAGAAAUCAGUCAUGCUGGCCAAAUUCCAACCAGUAUUAGGCAGGUCGGUGUAAACCAGUUCCAUGGUAUUCCUCCAUUGGAACAAACAGCAGAUGCCAGUGGUAUUCAAAAAGCAUGUAGAAUAGAUUUACCAAAGGAAGACAAGACAAUUAAUGCUGUAAAUACUGUUGUUACUGCUAAAACCAUUCAAAUGAAUCUAUCUUCAAAGGAACAGGUGAUGAUGAAAAGUCUUUUAAAGGAUGAAAAGGAGAAUUUGCAAGCUGAUGCAACUGAAGAAAAGACAUCUGGUGACGAGAUCACCUACACAUCAGAGCACCACACCAUAAUUGAUCAUGAGGAUCUAAGUGAGGUGGUUCAAAGUGCAUUUGAAGACAAUUAUGGUAUCCAAGAGAAUCAAACACAAAAAUCUGAUUCAGUUGAAAAUCUUGAAGAAGAUACUGUGAAAUCAUUACCAGUACCAGAUGUAUUACAGAAAUCUUCUGACCAUUCUGACCCUGUGGCUAAGAAACUGGGAGAUACAAUGGACAAAAUUGUCCCUGAUCAACUGAAACACUUUGCUGAAGUUUCAUCAAGCCAGAACAUGCAAGAGAACACAGAGGAAGAAGCUAAGGCCCCACAGUCAGAACAGCAAGAAAACUGUGUUCCCUGUGAAGGUUUUCUUGAGGAAAAUUUAUCUACGGUCACUAAAAUGUGUACCACAGAAGAUUUCCUACCUGGAUCAGAUGUCACUGAUUUUGUUAAUACAGACAAAGAGAAUGAAGAGACAACAACAUCGCCUCAAAGAGAGGAGUCUGCUUUUACUUUGGACCACAUAGACCUUGUAAAUAGUGAAACGCAUGAUAGCACAGAAGGAAGUGUAGGCAGCCAGGAAGCAGCACCUUUGAAAGAAGAAGAGCAAGAAAAAUUAAAUCCUAUUCAGCAUAGCACAGUGGAAGGUCCAGAGGACAUAAUUUUUGAAGCUUGUUCUAAAUCUCAGUUGGAUGAAGUCAUAGAGGACCAAAGUGGCGGGAAGCUUUAUGAAGAUGUCUGUCCAACAAAGACAGCUAUUUCAGAUUUAGAAACAAAUCAGGUUAUUGUAACUUCUGAUAUUACCCAGGCAGAAGACAACACGGAGGAAGUUAGUAUUGUCACCACUAGUGGAUGUGAAGGGGUUGAGCAGGAACUCUUAGAUUCUGAGGGGGGACUCAAUACUAUGGAUGAUGAAUUAUUACUAAAUUCUCCACAUGAUAUUUCCACUGGCACUGUGAAUGAGUCUGAGGAAAGGUCCAUCUCUCAUGAGGGAACACUGGCAGAACUACAGGUGAAUCAUACUAAAAGGGACAAAAUAGACGAAUGCCAUGGAAAGGCAGAUAUUUCUAAUACUGAAGUAAAAACAUCAUUACAGAGUGCGAGCCCUAUUUUAGCUUACCAAGAAGAAGGACAUGUGGUUGAUCCAAAUAUUAUAUCAGCAUCGAACGUAAUCAGACAAGCACAAGUAGAGCUGUCUAAUGUGGCAACAACAUUAGAACAAAAUCUACUUACAGCAAAAGUUUCUAGCCACAAAAAAGAUGUUGAUAAUCAACAGAAUGUAACAGCAGGAUCAGAGCUGGACGAGGAUCAAUUCGAGACAGAUGGAGACAGUAUAAGUGAUGGAGAGAAAGAGGAAAUAGUUAUGGGGGAAGGGGUGUCACACGAGAGCAUCAGCAACUCUGAUGACCAGGAUGAAGACAGUGGAAGACAGGUUGCAUUGAGCACAAGUUCUCAAAUGGAAGAUAAGUUCAUCUCAGAUGACAACAUUACAGAUGAAGAGACAAAUGAGGGUGCUGUGGAGGAAACAGUGUCACUGGAAAAGCAAUCUGUAGGUUUGUCAGAUGAGAGUGAGAAAGAAGAUGCAUCAAGUGCAAGCUCUCUAGUGGAUGACACCUUGAUCUCAAAUAACAAGCAGGAUAUUGUGGAGGAAGAGGUGUUAUCUGUACACCAAAUGAGUAGCAUCUCAGAUGAAGAUGAGACCAGUGAAACAGAAGACACAUCCCUUAGAGUUUCUCAGUUGGAGCAUAGCUUAAUCUCAGAUAAUGAGGUGGAGAUUGUGCAGUUGAUAGAAUUGUCUGUAGAGCAAAAUGCUAGCAUCGCAGACAAAGCUGAGGAGACUGAAACAGAAGCUUCAGGAGAAGGCUCUCCUUUGGAAGAUCAACUCAUCUCAGAGGUCAACAUAAGAGAAGGAGCAAAAGGGCAGGAUAUUGUGGAAGAAGAGGUGUUACCUGUACAGCAAAUGAGUAGCAUCUCAGAUGAAGAUGAAGCCAGUGAAACAGAAGAUACAUCCCUUACAGUUUCUCAGUUGGAGCAUACCUUAAUCUCAGAUAACGAGGAACAGAGUGUGGAUUCUGUGGAAUUAUCUGUAGAGCAAAAUGCUAGUAUCAUGGACGAUGACGAAGAUAUUGGAAUAGAAGCAGCUUCAGGAAAAGGUUCUCCCUUGGAUGACCAACUCAUCUCAGAGGACAACAUAAAAGAUGGAACAAAAGUGCACGAAAUAGUGGAGGAAGAGGUGUUACCUGUAAACCAAAUGAGUAGCAUCUCAGAUGAAGAUGAAGCCAGUGAAACUGAAGAUACAUCCCUUACAGUUGCUCAGUUGGAGCAUACCUUAAUCUCAGAUAACGAGGAACAGUUUCUGGAGUUAGUGGAAUUAUCUGCAGAGCAAAAUGCUAGCAUCACAGACAAAGACGAAGAGGUUGGAAGAGAAGCAGCAUCAGGAAAAAGUUCCCCUUUGGGGGAUCAGCUCAUCUUAAAAGAUAACAUAAUAGAAACAGCAAAAGAGCAGAAUAUUGUAGAGGAAAAGGUGUUACCUGUACAGCAAACAAGUAUCGUUUCAGAUGAAGCCAAUGAAAAAGAAGAUACACCCCUUACAGUUUCUCAAGUACAGUAUAUGCUUAUGUCAAAUGACAGUGUAAAAAUAAGCAUCCUAGAUGACCAAGAUGUUGAAAGAGAAAUAGAAGUCAUAUCAGGCACAAGUUCCCAUGUAGGAGAGGAAGGCAAGUCUUACCAGACGUUGGAAGAGGACUCUGAACGUUUAGAGACUGAAUGUUUAGAAAUGAAUCAGAUGGCAGUAACAUCAAAGAUGGGUAAAAUUCAAGAAAUGUGCUCUGAUGUUACUACUCACCAAGUAAUUCAAGGAAUAGACUCUUCUCAGAUAGGUGACACAACUCUGGAUAGUCCUAAGACACAAGAUGUCAUCAGUCAAGAGUUAGUAGGUGGUACUGCCAUGGAGGGUUUGGAUGAUAUGGUUACAUCUUCAGAGAACAUAAGAUCAAUCAGGGUGGCCACAGGACAGAUUUCUAAGUCCAGUGAAGACAGAGAGGGCAGUGGUUUCAUAUUGGCAUCUGGGCACUUUGCUGAGGGUGAAACACCUCACCAGAACACAGACAUAAUUAAAACUGAAGAAAGUGAAAAUCCAGAUUUCACUCCAGAAAAAGGUAAAGCAGAAGUCAGUUUUGACCGAGAGAGAGAAGCUUUAGGUGCAUCUGGUCAGGUAUCACAAACAUAUCAUUCAGAGAUUCAAGAGGUGAACAAAACCUUAUCUUCAGUGUUGGAGACAGACCCAGUCUCAGCAGAGACGGAAGCCGCAAAUUUUAUUGCAACCAAUGAAGUAGCUGAGGGGGCUGGUUACUUGCAAAUAACUGGAGAAGCAGCAGGGGUAGGCACUGUCGGGGAAGGUGGUUCAAUAGAUGUGUCGAAAGCUCCUUAUUACAUGCAUGAGGCUGAGGCAAGUGGUGGCCAAGUGAGUCCAGUAGCUCUUCAGACAGUCAUCAGCCAAACUCCUCGGAACAAAUCCAGAAAGAGUCAAAAGGACUCCAUCAAGAGUCUUCAAAGUCCAAAAAGCCCCUCUGGAAGGUGUAAACAGCAGUGAUUGCUCUCAGUUUGAAAUGCAUUGAGAAAUUUAUGGUUUAUUGAACAUGUUCUCAACCUAGAUCAUAAAAUACUGAGGCAGCUUUGUCAUGCCCCAAAGUGUCCUUUCAUGUGUGACAUGCAAAGCCUUCCUUCUACAAAGCCUUUGUAGCACAUAGUUAAAAUAAAACUGCAUAUUUAGGUUAGGUUUAGAAAAAAUCAGGGGUCUUUGGUUUCAGAUCAUGAAAAUGUGCGUGAUCUGUCAUUCAACCCUGAACUCCACCCCUCCUGGAACCUUCUCACUUUGUAAACUAUGUUGUGUUCCAUUAAUUUGCAUAUCAUACAGAUGCUAUAGCGUGCCUGCUGUUACAAAAUGGUGGUACACCCUGGGAAUGAGACUGUGUCGGUGUCCCUAUGACAUUAACUGUGGAGGUGGGUUGCUCCCACCAGUGAUAUCAGAAAAUAUGAGUCUUUUAUGAAUUUAAAUUUUUGAUACCCACAAAAAAAAGGCCUUCAGGGUUGUUUUGCUUAGCAAAUGUUAGACACUCAAAAUAUGAGGCUUCUCUUUAGACCUUUAUCCUGUAAACCUUUUUUGAAGUGCUAAAUAUGUUGAUUCACAAAUGGCAAACAAUAGUGAUUGACCUAUGCCUUCACAUCAGAAGUUUUCAUUCUGUUCCAGCGUUUCGACUGUGGGACACACAGUCGAAAUGAAAGACAGUAAAAGUAAGAAAGGAAAACGAGUCACAUGUGAAGAGCAAAACUUGCCAGCAGUGUGUGACUCAUUCAAAACAAGCAUGCAAGCUGUGUCAACUCAGAUAUCAGUGACAAGUGAUACUUGACAUCUUAACUAAGAUAGAUAGUACUGCGUCAAUCAGCAAGUCAUAAGCUAAUGCAUCCAGACACUACAUUGUUCUAAAUCUAUUUACAAUCAACUUAAAUCUGAUUUACCAUCUCUGCCACCCAGUUUCCUGAAUGGAAUCCUGAAGCAUACUGAAUGUUCUUAGUUGAUGCUAAUUGAUUGCACCUGUCACUGUUUUCCUAUCAGGUUUGUUGUUAUUUUAUUCCAAAGAAUACCAAAGAGACAAGGGUGGCAGAUGCUGAGAAAGCAUCUCAGGAUUUAUCUCCUAUAAAUGGAAAGACCAGCAACAGAAAGUUAUUUGGCUGGUCUGUCUUUGUCAGUGAGCGCUGAUAUGUUUUUACAUUACAGUGAGCCUAGCUACAUUGACAGGACAAGAAACAGUAGCACAAAGUAGCAUAGAGUAGCACAGCAGGACAAAAAUGCAAAAAUUAACCAUCACUAUGUCAUAGGUCAUAGCAAUGUUGGAUUUCAUUAUUGGUAAAGAUUUCAACUUUUCAUUUGCAAAAGAAUUAAUGCUUUACUUUUUCAUGCAAAAUUUACAUGGUCACUUUAAAGGCCUAAUCUUAAAUUUUGUAUUUUUGCCAGUUCAUUAUGAUUGAAUAUGUAAUGGUGUUUUUAUAGUUUUGGAUUGCAAACAUCAUUGAUGUAAACAUAGCAAAUUCCAAUCCUGUGUUUAGAACUUUGGUGGUGGGUCAACCCUUUUGUUUGCAAUGGCUGUCUUAAAUAUCAUAUAUAACUUUCAUUUAACCAUAUAACCUUGUUUACGUCCUACUUGGUUUGGUAAAAUGUAAAUCUAUUAAAUACAGAGCAUUUUGGCUGGUAGAUAAGCCAGAGAAACAGUGGUGGAUUUGUAAACAUAUGUUUGCACCUGCAUGUGGGAGUUUGUUAAAGCAGUAGUUUAGUGAUUUAUUUCUCUUGUUGAGAGUUUUUUUCUAUUUACUUUCUAUUACUCAUAAAUAGGUCAUGAUUUUUAGUAAAUAAACAGUUUGGGAAUGCAGAACUCUGUCAUCGUUUCAUUAAAGAAGUCAGUCGUUGACAUACAGUGUAUAUUGUGUUCUGUACAAUCAGAGUGCUCUUACUGUUUACAUGUCAGUGCUUUAAUACUUUGUUGUUGUUUUUUUUUUAAUUAAAGCUUAUUUUAAGAGGGA